AUGAAGCCUGCAAAAAACGACGCGCAAGUUUUCGCCUCUGCUCUCACAUGUGACGACCAUCCGCAUGAGGACGAGUCGAUGCUCUCGUCAGCGAAUGCGCUACGCGCCGUAUUGCACGUCGUCGAAGAUCUCGUCCCCCGGACGAUAACGCUAUUCUGCCUCGACCCGAACCCUGUGCCCAGCGCGACCCAGUCAGUGCCGCCUCAGCGCGCGCGUGCCUCCAAGCAGCCAUCCUCGCCCAAAGGCAAACGCAGGAGCGCAGCCUCGGAAGAGCAAGACACCAACACUGUCGUGUUCGCGCCCACCCUCACCCCCGGCACCUUCUUCGACCCGCCUGCACCAGAAGACCGCACCGCACCCGCAGAGUCCCUCCUCUUCCCAGACCUCGACCGCGAAGAGAGCCCGGCCCCGACGCGUUCCGGCCGCGGGGGACACGCGAAAAAGAAGCCCGAGGACCACGUCCCGCGCCCACCCAACUCCUUCAUCCUCUUCCGCUCCGCCUUCAUCUGGAACCAGCACGUCUCCGCGACCGUUGAGACCAACCACAGCACCCUCUCGGCCAUCAUUGGGUGUACAUGGAAAGGCCUUCCGAAGAACAAGAAGGCGUUCUGGCACCGCAAGGCGAAGGAGGCCCUCGAGGAGCACGAGCGCAAGUUCCCCGGCUACACCUUCCGCCCGCUGCACAACAAGGGCAAACGGCUACAAGGGCACAUCGCAGAGUUUGACCGCAAUCACAUACCGGAAAUUGUCACCAGCUUCGAGGCCCCCAUCACAACGGGCAGCUUCAGGCUGUCCUCCUCUGCCUCACUUCCCGAGAAUGCCAGCUCACCUUCCUUAUCCGACGAGGCCUCCGAGAAGAAGACGCACACGACCAGCAGCUAG